CUUUUUUUUUUCUUCUUUGACAGUAAACGACGACGUCUCCCUUUUUUUCUUUCUUCGAUCUCCUUCUGCCAAACACUCUCUUCUUCUUCUUCUUCAAUCUUCUUUCUUCGAUCUCUUCUUUUUCAAAAUCUCUUCUUUGAUUGUGAGAAGCCAUAAGUAAAGGUGAUUGAAAUCUAUAAUAGGAGCUGCCAUUGUGUGUUGAAUGGGUAUCAAGUUCUUCUUCUAAGUGAUCCAAAUCCUGCUUCCGAUUAGCUCAAAUACUUGACACAAAGAGUUCCUGCAAAAAGAGCUCAAAGAGUUUCUCUUUACAUAAUCCGGUGAUGUACUGUCUUUCUUUCCUGUAUCAGUUCCAACUCUUUGAUUAGGCAAAUCGAUUCUCUCAAUGGCUCUUUCAUUUCGAAUUUCUUCGUCGUCUCCGUUAAUCUGCAGAGCCACUCUCUCAAACGGCGACAACAGUCGUAACUACCACACGACUGAUGCCGCUUUUAUCCGACGCGCCGCCGAUUUGUCCGAAAUGUCCGCCGGACUUACUUCACCUCACCCUAAUUUCGGCUGUGUAAUCGCCACUUCUUCCGGUAAAGUCGCCGGAGAAGGAUAUCUAUACGCUCAAGGUACUAAACCGGCGGAAGCGUUGGCUGUUGAAGCUGCCGGAGAGUUUUCUAGAGGCGCCACUGCUUAUUUAAACAUGGAGCCUGGUGAUUGUCAUGGUGACCACACUGCUGUAUCUGCUCUUGUUCAGGCAGGAAUUGAACGAGUUGUUGUUGGAAUAAGGCAUCCUUUGCAACAUCUUAGAGGCUCUGCGAUUCGUGAAUUAAGAAGUCAUGGUAUCGAAGUUAAUGUUCUUGGAGAAGACUUUGAGAGUAAAGUUCUUGAGGAUGCUCGGAAAUCGUGUCUUCUUGUGAAUGCUCCUUUGAUUCAUAGAGCUUGUUCUCGAGUUCCGUUCUCUGUUCUUAAGUAUGCCAUGACUCUUGAUGGUAAGAUUGCAGCGAGUAGUGGACAUGCAGCAUGGAUAAGUAGUAAACUCUCUAGAACCCGAGUGUUCGAGUUGCGAGGAGGAAGUGAUGCUGUGAUAGUUGGAGGAAACACAGUACGCCAAGAUGAUCCUCGAUUGACUGCAAGACACGGACAGGGUCACACCCCUACACGAAUUGUGAUGACUCAGAGUCUUGAUCUUCCUGAGAAAGCUAAUCUAUGGGAUGUCUCGGAAGUAUCUACCAUAGUUGUUACCCAAAGGGGUGCAAGAAAGAGUUUCCAGAAAUUGCUUGCGUCCAAGGGUGUUGAAGUUGUGGAGUUUGACAUGUUGAAUCCAAGAGAAGUUAUGGAAUAUUUCCAUCUCCGUGGAUAUCUUUCUAUACUAUGGGAGUGUGGGGGAACAUUAGCUGCAUCUGCUAUAUCAUCCAGUGUCAUCCACAAGGUUGUUGCUUUCGUUGCUCCAAAAAUUAUCGGUGGGAGUAAAGCACCUUCCCCUGUGGGUGACCUUGGGAUGGUAGAGAUGACACAAGCAUUGAAUUUAAUUGAUGUUUGUUAUGAGCAGGUUGGUCCCGACAUGCUUGUCAGCGGAUUUCUUCAGCCCAUACCAGACCUCUUACCUGUUAUCCCAUCAGAGGAUGCAACUGUCGAGAUUGACCCCAGUGUUGACCCCUUUGAACCUAGUAUCAUAUUCUUCUACAAAACAUGGGACCUCUAUGGAAGUUUCUCAAAUUUUUCUCCACAUCCAAUUCGAAUGCCCUAUGGCGAGGAGAAUGAUGAUUACAUGACCUGGUCCAGUGUGGAACAUUACUAUCAGGCAAACAAGUUUGUUGGGGUCGAAAAUCCAAAGGCAUAUGAUUGCGUUGAGAAAAUUAGAACAGCUAGAAGUCCAGAGGAGGCAGCUCUGAUAGGCAGAUCAACACUGAGACAGAAACCUGAACUGGUUCGGAAUGAUUGGGAAGAUGUGAAGAUAGAAGUAAUGUACAAGGCUUUAAAAUGCAAGUUCUCAACUUAUCCUCACUUGAAAUCAAUGUUGCUCUCGACAAUUGGAACAGUUCUCGUGGAGGCUUCACCGCACGAUCUAUUCUGGGGAGGUGGCCGUGAAGGAGAAGGGCUUAACUAUCUUGGUCGACUGCUUAUGCAGCUUCGUUCUGAGUAUCUGGGCGAAUCCUCUGUUUCAGCUGAAAAGACUUCUUCGGCCUGAUGGAUGAUGAUAGUCUUUCAUAUUUAUUCCAAAAAGUUAUCAAUAAAACUUUCAGUUUUCCUCAAUUUUGACAUUUACAUUGUUGUAAUUCUUUAACCUAUAUAACAUUAUUGUAAGUUUGUAACAUUAUGAUAGUUUUCCUAGACCAUUUGAUUCACAUUAACUCAUACUGAGUAUUUUAAAUGGUAACGGUAGAGUUUUUAUUUGCUU